CGCCGGCCGGCGGAUCAAACCGAGCAGUGUUGUGCGAGAGUCGCGUAGUGUAGUCAUAUUAUUGCAAUUUUAAUAAAAUAACUUAUACAAAAUGAGGGAAAUCGUUCAUCUACAGGCCGGCCAAUGUGGUAACCAGAUUGGAGCUAAGUUCUGGGAGAUCAUCUCCGACGAGCACGGCAUCGACCCCACCGGUGCCUACCAUGGGGACUCUGACUUGCAGUUGGAGCGCAUCAAUGUAUACUACAAUGAAGCCUCCGGCGGCAAGUACGUGCCCCGCGCCAUCCUCGUCGACUUGGAGCCCGGCACCAUGGACUCUGUCCGCUCCGGACCUUUCGGACAGAUCUUCCGUCCGGACAACUUCGUCUUCGGACAGUCCGGCGCCGGCAACAACUGGGCCAAGGGACACUACACAGAGGGUGCUGAGCUCGUUGACUCGGUCCUCGAUGUAGUCCGCAAAGAAUCAGAAUCUUGCGAUUGCCUACAGGGCUUCCAACUUACACAUUCCCUCGGUGGCGGCACCGGGUCCGGUAUGGGCACCCUCCUCAUCUCAAAGAUCCGUGAAGAGUACCCCGACAGAAUCAUGAACACAUACUCAGUAGUCCCCUCGCCCAAAGUAUCAGACACUGUCGUCGAACCAUACAAUGCGACUCUCUCAGUUCACCAGCUAGUUGAAAACACAGACGAAACCUACUGCAUCGACAACGAGGCUCUAUACGACAUCUGCUUCCGCACUCUCAAACUGUCCACACCCACCUACGGUGACCUUAACCACUUAGUUUCCCUCACAAUGUCUGGUGUCACCACUUGCCUUAGGUUCCCCGGUCAGUUGAACGCUGAUCUCAGAAAAUUGGCCGUAAACAUGGUUCCCUUCCCGCGUCUCCACUUCUUCAUGCCAGGUUUCGCUCCCCUCACAUCCCGUGGAAGCAGACAGUACCGUGCCUUGACUGUACCCGAGCUCACGCAACAGAUGUUCGACGCCAAGAACAUGAUGGCCGCCUGUGACCCGCGCCACGGCCGCUACCUCACCGUCGCUGCCAUCUUCCGCGGCCGCAUGUCCAUGAAGGAGGUCGACGAGCAAAUGCUUAACAUCCAGAACAAGAACUCCUCAUACUUCGUGGAAUGGAUCCCCAACAACGUGAAGACCGCCGUGUGCGACAUUCCUCCUCGUGGUCUCAAGAUGGCCGCCACCUUCAUCGGAAACUCCACCGCCAUCCAGGAGCUGUUCAAGCGCAUCUCGGAACAGUUCACCGCUAUGUUCAGGCGCAAGGCUUUCUUGCAUUGGUACACCGGCGAGGGCAUGGACGAGAUGGAGUUCACCGAGGCUGAGAGCAACAUGAACGACCUUGUCUCCGAGUACCAACAGUACCAGGAGGCCACCGCCGACGAGGACGCAGAGUUUGACGAAGAGCAGGAGCAGGAGAUUGAAGAGCAUUAAAUCCGCAGCGGGCUAAUCUCUCGCUCUACAACGUAGUGGAUGCCAUUUAUACAGAGUUACAUUUUGUUUGAGUAACCGUAAUGAUUCCUAUACAGUGUCAGGAUGAGACAUGCUUUCUAACUUUUAACAGACAGCACGACUAAACUCCCGGUUAUGACAAAUUAUUUGAACGAACACAAUCUGUUCAAUACAUUCCUUGAUAUUCCACCAGGCCUCGUUGAGAGCUAGAUCUGAAAUUUGUAAAGGCUGAUCUAAAAUAGACACUUUUUAUUUACAUAAUAUGUGCAACAGAAACAAAAUGGCGGAUCAAAAUUCGAUACCUACCAACGCUGAUUCAACGCGGACACCUGUGCCAUUUUAUUUUUGUUGCACAGAGUGUA